AUGGCCGGCUGCUAUGGCAGCGGCAAGCCCUACCUCAACGACUGCAACAAGAAUUCGUUCCUUGAUGCUGCUGACGACCUGUCGUGCGCCCCGGCCAGGUGCAAUGGCAUCAAGAUGAACUACGAGGUGGGCUGGAAGGGUAGCAGCGGAGGACACACCUUGGCUGUAGAAGACUGCAAAAGGCGACUUAAAGAAAACAUCAACAACUGUCCAUUGGGCGGCACUCAGACGGUCGCUGACUGGUUUUUCAAGUAA